AUGGUGUCCCUGAACGCAGCGCCGCGCGGCUCCAUGCAGUCCCGUCACAAGUGGUGUGUAAUGUUGGCCCGCCGUGGGAGCCGCCGUGACGUCGCACGGCCACAGUGGCGUCACAGAGAGACGUCACGUGGCGAGCGGCGACGUUGCGCUUCGAACGUGCGCGUGUCACGCAACCCUGGUGAUGACGUCACGGCUGUGGCGCAAAGGCGGCCUCGUCCUGCAGGACUUGUUGUUGUUGUUGUUGUGCAGCGAGAGUGUAUUUCUAUCCACGUGGGCCAGGCGGGCGUGCAGAUUGGCAAUGCAUGCUGGGAGCUGUACUGUCUGGAGCACGGCAUCGAGCCCAGCGGACAGAUGCAAAGUCAGAAAGCAAACGGAGCAGACGGCUCGUCCAACACCUUCUUCAGCGAGACGGGCUCAGGCAAACACGUCCCCAGGGCCGUCUUCGUGGACCUGGAACCCACCGUCAUUGAUGAGGUACGCACUGGAAUCUACCGCAAACUCUUCCACCCCAACCAGCUGAUCACGGGCAAGGAGGACGCGGCCAACAACUACGCACGAGGACAUUACACCAUCGGCAAGGAGAUCAUCGACCUGGUGUCAGACAGGAUACGCAAACUGGCAGACUUGUGUUCGGGUCUUCAGGGCUUCUUGGUGUUCCACAGUUUCGGAGGUGGCACGGGUUCGGGCUUCACGUCGCUGCUGAUGGAGCGUCUGUCGGUGGACUACGGCAAGAAGUCCAAGCUGGAGUUCUCCAUCUACCCGGCCCCUCGGGUGUCGACGGCGGUGGUGGAGCCGUACAACGCCAUCCUGACCACGCACACCACGCUGGAGCACUCGGACUGCGCCUUCAUGGUGGACAACGAGGCCAUCUACGAUAUCUGCCACAGGAACCUGGACAUCGAGCGGCCGUCCUACACCAACCUCAACCGGCUGAUCAGCCAGAUCGUGUCGUCCAUCACCGCCUCGCUGCGCUUCGACGGCGCCCUCAACGUGGACCUGACCGAGUUCCAGACCAACCUGGUGCCGUACCCGCGCAUCCACUUCCCGCUGGCCACCUACGCGCCCGUCAUCUCGGCCGAGAAGGCCUACCACGAGCAGCUGUCGGUGGGCGAGAUCACUAACUCCUGCUUUGAGCCGGCCAACCAGAUGGUGAAGUGCGACCCUCGCCACGGCAAGUACAUGGCGUGCUGCCUGCUGUACCGCGGCGACGUGGUGCCCAAAGACGUCAACGCCGCCAUCAACACCAUCAAAAACAAGCGCACCGUCCACUUCGUGGACUGGUGCCCCACCGGCUUCAAGGUGGGCAUCAACUACCAGCCGCCCACCGCGGUGCCCGGCGGUGACCUGGCCAAGGUCCAGCGGGCCGUGUGCAUGCUGAGCAACACCACCGCCAUCGCCGAGGCCUGGGCGCGCCUGGACCACAAGUUCGACCUGAUGUACUCCAAGCGCGCCUUCGUGCACUGGUACGUGGGCGAGGGCAUGGAGGAGGGCGAGUUCACCGAGGCCCGCGAGGACAUGGCCGCCUUGGAGAAGGACUACGAGGAGGUGGGCGCCGACUCGGUGGACGACGGCGGCGAAGAAGGCGGCGACUUUUAG